UGGGGGACGAGGCUCGAGGCAGACUGGAUCGCUUUUAUAAAUCCACGGUGAGAUCAAAGAUGGCGGGACGUGAUACUAAAAACACCUUCCAAAAAUCUUCAAAUCACCAAUACCCUGGCUUUACCCGGGACAAUGAAGGCCAAUGGAAGGGACCCUUUUGCUUUAUCCAGUCCGCUGAUACGCAACUCGGGCUGAUCGACUCGUGGAACGAAGUCCCAGAGGAUGAGCAAUCUUGGCAAAAGGAAGUGGAGUUAACGAAAAAGGCAAUAAUAGCAGCCAACAUCUUAACCCCGAAACCUCGUUUUUUCAUCGUUUGUGGAGACCUUGUCAAUGCGUUUCCUUGGCACAAAUACAAUGAUCCGCAAGUUGAGGAUUUUAAGAAGGUCUUUGAAGAGCUCGAUCCUUCGAUUCCUUUGGUUUGCGUGUGCGGUAACCACGAUGUCGGCGAUACCCCAACGCAACAAUCUGUGCACAAAUAUAGGAGUAAUUUCGGCGACGAUUAUUUUACCUUCUGGGUCGGAGGAGUUUUCUUUAUCGUUAUCAACUCACAAUAUUUCAAAGAUGGAAGCCAGGUCAGUGACAUUCAGCAAAAACAGGAGCAAUGGUUUGACGAACAGCUGGAGUUAGCGAAAAAACUUCCAACAAAACAUACUGUUAUUUUCCAACAUAUUCCUUGGUUUUUAUACAACAUUGAUGAACCAGACCAAUACUUCAACAUUGACCUUCAAAUCAGAAAGCAAAUGAUCAAGAAGAUCAGAGAUGCUGGUAUUAGAUAUGUCUUUGCUGGUCAUUAUCACCGAAACGCUGGAGGAUUUGAUGGGGAUUUAGAAAUGGUCGUAACGAGUGCCAUUGGGUUACAAAUUAAAAACGAUAAGGACUCUGGUUUGCGGAUUGUCAGGGUAUUAGAAGAUAAGAUCUGUCAUGAAUAUUAUGAACUAGACAAAAUUCCUGCAACGGUUGAGCUCUGAUAAGUUAGAAGUGUUCUGGAGCUCAUGAUUGCUCUUCCUGUGUUCAGUGCGAUCUAGAGGAGUUAAUCUUCGCAGGUUCAAGAUUGUCAUGGCUGCAGGAUGAUAAAAUGUCUUUUGAGUUUGAGUAUAUAUCAGCAUGCAUAUGAAAGGAAAAAAAAGCACUUCGACCUAUAUCACUAUUAUUAUUAUCAUAUAAAUAUAUUUAAAAACAAAUUUGCCAAUGCUAUAUCUUUGUCACAGAACUUUACAAAAUGUUAAUUUUUGUUAAAGAAACACUAACAAUAACAUAUACCCUCUAUGCAAAGCAAAGUUAAAGUACAUUGUGCUUGAUACUCAUCACACUGCUAUACUUUUUAUGAUUUUUAUUGAGGGUUUUUUUGUCUAGCGUUUGUUUUCUUCCUUUGAAAUAGCUAUGACAUAUAUACAUUUUUAAAUUUAAUUUUACAGUCAGGAUGCUAAUUAUUAUACUGCGAACACUUCAAGUUUUUUAGGUUAUUUUUUGAAUUUUCUUCUGUGCUUUCACAUAUCUUUUGAUGAUCGGAUUCUGAAGUUUGUUCUGAAGUUCUUCGGAGAACUUCAAACAUUUGUUAAAAAGUUUGAAAUGAACUUGGAAAGUUCAAAACAAGCUUGACAACUGAGUCAUUAAAAUAAAUCCUAUUUCCAAUCAAUAAUUGGUUCAAGGGAUGAUUAACAGUGCUGUAUACAUUUUUAAAAGUGACAAAACCCUUGUUCAUGGUUCAAGUGUCCUUGCUGCAACAAGAUUUAUUGCUUGUGUAGCUGCGUCCAGUGCUUUUUAAAACAUAAUCCAAAUGAACUAAAAUUAUUUAAAACCACAGUACAGUUGUACUAUGUACAUUGUUUGACAUUUCUAUUAUAGAUAAAUAAUACCAUAUACCUUAUAUCUAUGCUAUUUUGAAAUUGAUGCUAUAAAAAUAGCAGAGAGAAAUAUACUUCAAAUAUUUCCAAAACAUUUUGCAUUAUUCAACUUAAAAUAUGAUAAAAUAUUCAAAUAUCAAAGUUGGGCAAUUCCAAGGGUUUUAAUGGGUAAAUAUAUGAAACACUCAUGCAAAAGUUUAUGCAAUGAAUACUAGCUAUUAGCUCUAUCACAUAGUAAUUAUUAUUCAUUAUUGUUACUAAACUUAACAUUAGAAAUUGUGAUCUUUUAUUCACCAAAACCAUAAAUUAUUCAAAUAUAUCAUUAUAUAUUGUAGUAUUUUAUUGUAGUUCUACUUGUAGUCUUGGUGAUUAUUGUUAUAAAUAAAACAUUAGUUGGCUUAAUUUUAAAAUAAAAAACAAGGGAUGUGUUACAUAGUGACGUAGUGGGCCAUAGUGACAUUGUCUAAAGUAGGAUUAAUCAUAGUGACCACAGUAAAUCCGUGAAACACUAAUUACUAAAUA